UUUAUAUAUAUAAUGUAACGAAGGAUAUUUAUAAAUGUGCUUGUAUUGCCUUAAGACAUGAACGUUUGAUUCUGAGAAUGGCUUAUCUAGAGCGUGCAUCAGAAAAACUUUUUGUUGGACUCUCUGAAUGUCGUUUUAUUGGUACGCAGGAAGAAUUGACCAUGAGAAGGGAUAUUAUAGAAUUAAAAGGUAGAAUAGAUAAUAAAGUAAGUCCUUUCGGAUGCAGUAUGUUGCAUAGUGGCAGCAAACGAGAGGGAUUUCGAAUGGAAAGUUCAGAUUGUGACGUAAUGUUAUGGCCGAAGUUCCAUAAACUUAUAUAUGAAUUAUCUCAGACCAAACAUUACAACUAUACAAACACUACUCUGAUCUUAACGGAAAGUGAUCACAAUCUUCCUGGAUUUGUUCUUCUAAAAUUGCUAAAUGACUCAAACAGACCUGAUGUUAUAUUUGCUUGUUUUCCUAUGAAUAAGGGACGGUACAUAUCUAGCAGUACAUACAGUAGAAUCAUGUGUUCUAUUCUCGGAGGACCAGGAUCUGUCCCUCACGGUCCAUGUUUCAGUGGAACUUUGGGAAACAAUGAUUUUGAUCUCGCAUUUUGUUUCAAGUCCGACUUCUGGCCCACUCAAGCCAUUUCCUGGAUAGGUAGAUGUAAAAAUUGGCCUCCACCUCAUAUGGUCCGGAACAUCAUCAAUAAUGGAUGUCAUGUUGUACCAAUCGGUCAUCGGUCAUCUUUAUAUGAAAAGACCGAAUGGAGGAUUUCAUUUUCACAGGCAGAGCAUAAACUCGUAGAUUGUCUGAAUCACUGCCAAUUUUUGUGUUUUACUUUACUAAAAUUGUUCCUUAAAGAGGUCCUGAAAAAAAGAGAUAGAAGAAUCUCCAUUAUGUUCAUACCACAUGAAAACGGCUUUAUUCUGGGUUAUUCAAAAAAACAUUAUACCUGAAUGGCACCCACGGAAUCUCCUAGAAUGUUUCCGAAUCUGUUUUGAAACGCUUAUCAACUACGUUUAUCAUGGCGUAUGUCCAAACUUCUUCAUUCCAGAAAACAAUAUGUUCUUUGGGAAAGUUUACGGAAACAUACAACACAAUCUGUAUCAGCAGCUUAUCAGCUUGAAGAGGAUUUGGCCAUCAUGUUUACUAUUGAGCCAAGAAAUGGAGAAAAAAUUACAUAAAUAUUCCAAUUGUCCAAUUCCAGUCAACUGCCAAGUUAUACGCCCUAUACCUGAAUUUGAUCGUGAAUUUUUCUUUGAAAUAUUCUCUUAUACCUUUUAUCAAAUAAAAAUCAUCUUCGAUCCCAUUAAAAGCUUACAGACACUAGAACAGAUUUUGGAAAAUGAAACCCUUACAAAAUAUCAGAAAACUUUUAUGCAAGUUUAUGUAUCAGACAUUCUUCGCAUACUUGCAUUUGAAACAGCGUCUUGUUGCGCGAAUGCUUCUAAUAAAACAAAGUACUUUUUCGAAAUGAGAUCUGAUGAGAUGUUAAGGUUGUCAAGAAAAUUUGGUUUUCUGUCCACGCCCCUUUAUGUAGCACUUUUCCUUUAUAAAACAAACAGAUAUCUAAAAGCCGUAGAAGUAUUAGAGUGUUUAAAGAUCAAAAUGUCCAAGAAAUCUGUGAUGUACCGAUACACAACAGAUGACUCAGCUUACGAGGAAGCUGUAGAAGAACUACCAUGGUCCAUAAGAUUGAAUCGGAAUGUUGUCGCAGACAUAGUAUUAGAUAGUGACCUGGAUUAUCUCAGUGAGUUAAGUCUAGAACAGGAGGUCAGUAAGAAUUUCAUGCCUGCAAUUGGAAUUCCUCCAUAUGUCAUGCUUUAUUUUCUAUUGGUCUUGUGCUACCGUCGUGUUAACGCAAGGAAAGCACAGGAAGCUUUAGAUGAUUUGUUUAUCUUUCUUCACAAUGACGAGGAAGAAUACGUGCUUAGCGAGUUCAGGAACAUAUCAUGGCAGAUACUAGGGAUCUGCCAGGAACUCACUGAUCAUAAGGAAGCCGCUUUGGUCUCUUACAAAAAGGCUGUUGAAGAAGAGAAACAAGUUAAUAAGAUAAGUGAGGCAGCCAUAAAAAGAAUUGAUAGAAUUCAAUCUGGUCAGUAAAAUUAAAUGUGAUGAUGAAACUUAUAUGAUCACAGAAUUGUAUGAACACAAAAGACAUGGAUAUAUAUACUUGUCUUUCUUAUAUAGAGACAAGUUUUGCACGUCUAAAUAAAAAACCAUUUUUUACAAUAAUGCAUCUUGCUUUAACUCUGUGGCUUUACAUAUGUAAUUUAUCUCAACGAAAUUUUAACAUUUAAAUUUUUGGGUCAUAAAGCUUAAGCGUAAACAUAAUAUCUGUUCAGAGUAUGAAAAUUCUUUAUGUCAUGUAUACAUUUAUAUAUCUAAAGUAGA